AUGUCCGGAAGAGGAAAGGUCUACUUGGCCGCCGUUCUUGAGUGCCUCGCUGCUGAAGUUCUCGAAUUGGCUGGAAACGCUGCCCGUGACAACAAGAAGACCCGUAUCGCCCCAAGACAUCUACAACUCGCCGUCCGUAACGACGAAGAGCUCAACAAGCUGUUGGCUGGAGUCACCAUCGCUGUUCUUCUCCCAAAGAAGACUGGAGGAGAUAAGGAAUAA